AUUUAUUUUUUAAGGUUGGGAGCUCACUACAGAACAACCAGCAGUGUUGGAACAGAACAGGAAAUCGGGGUUUUACAGAUUAUCAGCCAUGAAAAUUAUUAUGACCCAUUGAGCUAUAGCAACGACAUCGCCCUGAUUAAGCUCUUAAAACCUGCAAAUCUUGGAGUAGGCAUCGGGCUUGUCUGCCUGCCUGAUAUGCUUCACGCUCUCCCUUUUGACAAUUUAAACAAAAAGUGCUGGAUAACAGGCUGGGGUACACUGUCGUCAGGUGGGUCCCAGCCAAAUACACUCAUGGAAGCUGAGAUACCACUGGUCUCCAAGCAACGUUGUCUGAACUCCUACCCUGGAAAGAUUGAUGAUUCGAUGCUAUGUGCUGGCCUGGAUGCAGGAGGAGUUGACACUUGUCAAGGCGACAGUGGUGGUCCACUGGUGUGUGAGUUCAACGGUACAUGGUUUCUUGAGGGUGUGACAAGUUGGGGUCACGGAUGUGCUUAUGCUUCAAAGUAUGGAGUAUAUGCUAAGGUUAGAGAACUGAAAUCAUGGAUAACCAACCAUAUUUAUCAAGCAAUUCCGCCUGCUGUUUCGCCACAGAACCAAUCGGUGUCC